ACCCGUAGCAGCGCUGCGUGCCGUAAAGCGUUUCUUCAAUCCCAACACAUGGUUUGGUUGGACACCAUGGAGUCCAAACCUAGAAAGAAAUCAUUUAACCUUAAAGAUGGAAAGAAAGCUGGAUAUAAAGGGAAGGGCAAACCUGAGGGAAAGCCUGGUGGGAAACGUCCUUUUAAACCUUACAACUCGGACAAAAAGAAAACUUUUACAAGACCAGCAGGUAAAGGAGGACCGAGGAAGAAGUUCUUAGAUCAAAAGCCAACAGAUGGAAAAAUGACAAGGAAGAGAAAAUUUUCAGAUCAUAAAAACUCAGAGGAAGGUUCAGAGGCAAAGAAACCCAAGUGGAAUGAGUUUAAACAGAAGAAGAAAGAGUUGAAACAGAACCGGCAGCAGAACGAGAGGAAGGAGACGUACCAAAUUGUGAGCAGAGCCAAACAAGUGUGGGAGAUGGUCAGAAGGAAAGACUGUGAUGCAGACAAGAGAGCAAAGUUGAUGAAAGAACUUCAGGAGCUUGUGCGGGGCAAGAUAAAGACGAUUGCUUUUGCCCACGACUCAACUCGAGUGCUUCAGUGCUUCAUACAGUUCGGGAACGACAAGCAGCGGCAAGAAAUCUUUGAUGAACUCAAAGAGCACUUUGUGGAGUUGAGUAAAUCCAAAUAUGCAAGGAACAUCGUGAAGAAGUUUUUAAUGUAUGGGAACAAGAACCAGGUUGCGGAGGUGAUGGUGGCAUUUAAGGGGAAGGUCCGGCAGAUGCUCAGGCACUCGGAGGCUUCGUCUGUUGUCGAGUACGCGUACAACGAUAAGGCCAUCCUCUCCCAGAGACUCAUGCUUACAGAGGAGCUCUAUGGAAACACCUUCCAAAUCUGCAAGUCCUCAGCAUGUCCUACGAUAGAAAAGGUCCUGGAGAGCAAUCCCGAUAAAGCCGAGAACAUCAUGGAAGAAAUGAAACAGAUCCUCACACCUAUGGCUCAAAAAGAAGCGGUCAUUAAACAUUCACUUGUCCACAAAGUGUUCCUUGACUUCUUCCUCCAUGCCCCAGAAAAACAGAGAACAGAAAUGAUCGAGUCUAUAAGGGAGUCAGUGGUGUACAUGGCACACACACACGAUGGCGCUCGGGUAGCGAUGCACUGCCUAUGGCACGGCACUGCCAAGGACAGGAAGGUUAUUGUGAAAACCAUGAAGACAUACAUGGCAAAGUUUGCAACGGGAGAAUAUGGACACUUGGUGCUACUCGCAGCCUUCGACUGCAUCGAUGACACCAAACUGGUGAAACAAGCGAUUAUCUCAGAGCUGGUGAGUUCCCUGGCAGAGGUCAUCAGUAACAAAUACGGCAAGAAGGUGCUGCUGUAUUUGCUUAGCCCUCGGGACCCGGCUCAUCUGUUACCUGAAAUUGUGCAGCUGCUGGAGAAGGGGGACAGCAAUGCCCAUAGUAAAAAGGAUAUGGCCGUGAGGAGGCGAGAGCUCUUGGAGGCUGUAUCUCCUCCUCUGCUACAGUACCUAUGUGAGAACACUCGCUCCAUGGUGAUGGAUAAAGCCUGCAGCGUAGCAGUCAGUGACAUCCUGGGAGCCGCUGUCGGUGACCUCCGACCUGCCAUGGAAGCUGUAGCUCAACUUGCAGCUGAAGACUUUGUGGCCGGCGGUGUGGAAGGAGAGCUGCACAUGGCUGAACACCCUGCUGGUCAUCUUGUUCUGAAAUGGCUGAUUGAGCAGGACUCCAAGAUUAAAGCGUCUGGGCGAGAGGAGCGUUUCUCACGGACCCUCCUGGACAUGGUGGGGUUAGAAAAGCUGAAAACAUGGGCUUCGGUCAACCGUGGAGCCAUUGUGCUGUCCUGUCUUCUCCAGAGUGCAGACGAAGGUGUUGCAAAGGAAGUAAAGGCUGCUUUACGGUCUAUUCGUCCUGCCCUUCAAAAAGUUAAAAACUUGAAAGGAGUGGAAGUUCUGCUGGAGAAACUGGCCUAGUAAAAUCCUGGUACUGAUGCAUACUUCCCGUACACACUGCAUCGUUCCGGUGCUAGACAUCAAGACGGUGACAAUUCUCAGCAAUGAGUCUCCAGUUUCCCAUCUCCACUCUGCUCCUCAGUAGGACUUGGCUUCAUUUGGAAUUGUCUGUAACUAAGCAAGAGGACAACAACCGUGUGAUGUAAUAAGUUUUGUAAUUCUCUGAGAUUGUUUUCUUUUGGAUGGUUCCCCAGUGAUUAUAUGUAUUAAAAUAUAAAAUACAUGAACAUUUUCUUACACACACCAUUCAAUUGUUUAAUAUUUUACAAAUUUACAUUUUUUUUUUUUCAAUAUUAAAUAUAUUCCACUUAAAUUAGAAUGUGGUCACAUUAUUCUGUAACAUGACAUUAUGCAUAUAACAUUUAUUGAGUUACAGGAUGAUUUCAACCUUGUGGAGUAAAGAACUAAUGGAUUGUAUGGACAUAGUCCUGCUCCAUUAAAAAAAAAAAAAUCUUAAGCCUGAUGCGGAUUUUUUUUCUCCUCAUUUAGAGAAAAUGAGUUCUGUUGCCUGGUACCCAUCCUGUGUUCAUGGAAUUAGCAGCACUUGUCCUUAUGCUUAAGUUAUUCUAAAAUCUGUUAAUCUUAUGACAUAAGCAUCAUAAUUGCUUUUUCAUUGGUCUGUCUGGUUAGUUUAAAUUGGCAUUUUUAAUCAUGCUUUUUUUUAUAUAUAUUAUACCUUAAUCAGCUUUUACAGAUUGAAUUCUGUCCAGAUGUUUAUGAAGGUUUACUUAAGUAGGCAUGGCCAGAUGUUGGCCCUUGAACUUUUUUUAUACAACCCAUCCCCACAGGAUUAUUAUUUUUUUUAAUUCUCAGUGACCCAUCUUUGACCUGUCUCUUAGAAAAUAAAAAUCCAAUAUGAGCAUCACUAUGUAAAAAUUACUACAUCUGGCUUGUUCCUUUAAAUUCAUACUGUGGGACCUUAUUAAUGAUGUUGGAAAAUUAAAGCUUACAAGGUUUGUCACCUGGUGUAUUGAA